UCGCGAAAAAAAUUUCCAAAUUUAAAGGAAAGAAAACCACUUCCCAAGUCCAAAUACAUAUCGCCAAAACGGAAAUCCGCCCAAAGUCUUUGCCCGUCCGCAGUGCAGCUAUUUUGAAGCAGCAACCUUCUUAUCCUCGAUUCACUGAAAGGAAGCAAAUUCCCAAACUGUCGAAAUGGAUCCGGAGGCUGCACGUACAGCACGUGAUUCUCUAGAGUUGGUAUUUCAUAUGUCAAAUAUUCUGGACACAGGCCUCGAUCGUCACACUCUUUCUGUUCUAAUUGCUCUCUGCGAUUUGGGUUUUAACCCUGAGGCAUUGGCUGCUGUAAUUAAGGAGCUUCGCCAAGAAAACCCGUCUUCUUCUUCUGAACAAAGGACGUUGGCUCCUUCAUUGCCUUAGCCAGGGAAGAGAUAUAUUGAAGUAAUGAGCUGUGAACUGAAGCAACUCGUGAAGUGGCAUUGAGUCAUAGUUCAUGUAUUGUCUCAUUUUGAAGAUCACUGUAAAGUACUCCACUUCAUCUUGCACUCUCUUGAUUACCAUGUAGACUUUGAACUAGCAAGUGACUGAUGCAUGAUCUUGUGUAUGCAAAGGCAUUCUUGCAGCGUCUGAUAUCACAUUUACAAAAUCUAGUAUCAAAUUGGUGUCAUUGAAAACACAUGAAUAAUUUUGAGGAAUGAGCUUGUUUGUCUUCUCAAUCGACGGCACCCAUCUUGAUAUGAUUCUUUCUGACCAAAAGUACUACCUCCUUCUGUGGGUUCCUAUAAACAGCUAGCUCAUGUCAUCACGCAAAAAAAAGAAGAGCAAAUUGACCUAAAAUAAGAAUCAUUAGACACGAUCUAUCUGCUAAAGGUAUCGUCUCCUAAGCGUGUAUCCUUUCCUUCUAUUGUAACAUUAGUUGCUCACAGUGGCGAAGCCACAUGGUCACAAGACCACUCUUCGUCGAAAAAUUGCACUAUUUAUAUAGGUAAAAUAUUACGUUUUAGAGGUAUAUAACACAUAUUGAACACCCUUUGUCUUUUUUACUUCUUUCAAAUUUGAAUACCCUUGAGAAAAUUCGUAGCUUCACCACUGGUUGCUCAUCAGACAUAGCUAUCUAUCUAAAAGCUACGUAAAUAAAAUGAACUGAUAGUAUGCAUUAGAAUAUGUGAGCUUGCAUUAUUUGUAACUACAUCUAUGGGCAUGCAAGAGAAAUGCACAGAAGUGCCUUUGGUCUCUCUCUCUCAUACACACACACACACACAAAAUUCCAAUCUAGAUAAUAGCCCGUCUACAAUGUUUAAACAGUAAGAAUUGCUCAAUGGCCAAAUAAUUUAGUGUCUCAGUUUUGUCAUUCUUGGUUUACGUGGGAAAUAACACACCUCACUGCAACAGAAGAACUUGACAUCAGUUUUUUAAUUGAACCAGUUGGAAGUUAUAAAAUACCCAAUUCCCCAUAA